CCGCCAAUCACACCACGGCUCCGAUCAAUCACACCACACCCCACCCUCCCACCAAUCACACCACGCCUCCCGUCAUCACCACCACGGCCCCAAGGCCCACAGACACGCCCCUUGUGGCCGUGGGUAAUUACACAGUCCAGAACGGGUCCACCAUUUGCCUACGGCUGGAAGCGGGUCUCCAGGUCCAAGUGCAAUACACCAGCAAGGCCAAGCAACUGCUCUGGGGCACCUUUGCGGUGCAGCCCAGCCACACCCACGCGUCAGGGGCCUGCUCCAACGAGACCGCCAUGCUCCGGCUGCACUUCCCGGAGGGCUUCCUCCUCUUCGUCUUCAAAAAGAACGAAACCAAAGGGAUGGCUUACCUGAGCAGAGUCCAGGCCAACCUGACCUACCAGUUCCUACAGGCAACAGAGACAUCCUUCGGAGCAGAUUCUUCCUCCCUCCAAGAGUUUGAGGCCUCCCUCGGACACAGCUACCAGUGCCGGAACCGCACUCUGACCCUCGCUGGAGACUUCCGCCUUCAUGUCCUGAACGAACAUGUCCAAGCCUUCGAGCUGCACGAUGGGAAAUUUGGGGAAGCCGAAGUCUGUCAGGAGCAGCGACGUUCCAUCCUCGUGCCCAUCAUCGUGUUUGUGAUUAUUGCUGUUCUCGUCAUCGUUGUCCUCGUGGCUUAUGUGGUGGGACGGAGGCGGAGCCACGUGGGCUAUGAAACCAUCUAAGGAGCCUUGGCAGCACGCAGCAGCCGACGGAACGUCACCUUGGCUGAAGGAAGAGGGAAGAACCGGAUCUGUGCCCCUCUCUUGCAGUGAGGCAAAGAUAACUUCAGGGAAUACCGUUUGGCUCCAGGCACCCCAGCUGCUAAAUGCACCCCGAUUUUGUAUGUGUUGCUUAGACUGACGAUUCAAAGAACUGCGGGAAGAAAGGAAGCAGA